CUUGGCCCACAGCAGAAGCCCAAUAAAUAUUUGUUAAACUGAACCCAGUGGGACCCGAACUGGUCUCUAGCUUGGUUAUGUCAGAGAGCAUCUCCUGCUCCGAGCCUGGAACCCGGGACUGAGCCACAGACAGUGCCUGGCCCUGGCUGUCACCCACACUCUGCUGCCGUCACCCUUGGGGUCAGCAGCUGGACCCACGGGAACUCUCAGAGACUCCCUGCUCCUUUUAUUAACUCAGCGUUGAAGGACUCACCCAUGCUGGGGAGGGAGGGGAAUUAAAAAUAAUGGGGUGUGUGCGUGUCUGUGAGAGCGUAGAUGUAAAGUUAAAUGCCACCAUGAAUGAUGGUAUUAUUCUCAACUCGGUGAUGCCAGUGUUCGGUACGCUGAGGUCUUUUCUGAAUCGCUGCCCCACUCGGCCCUAUGUCAGAAAUUUAUUUGUGCUAAUCAAAUUUUCAGCUACUCAAUCUAUUGCAAGAAGGUCUCCUACAGCCAAAUUUGUAUGUGUAUGUGCUUAUUUUCAUAUAUUUAUGAAUUAAAAUCAAAACCUCCCCUUCCAUUGUUGUCUGUGUCUAAGUUAAAAGCUCGUCCCUGAAUCCUUACUGAGGCACCUUUCUAGAAAGAAACUCCCUGACUGGGCUAGGCUGAAAUAUAAACACACACACACACACACACACACACACACAUGCUUCAGACACUGAAAAACUGCAAGAGAAAAUAAGAAUACUCAACAACCCAGACACACAGGAAAGAAACUUUCAGUUUUCACUCCCAAGUUUGGCAGCCUGGUGAACUUGAAAGGUUAGCUAUGAAUAAGCAUAAUCAGAUCUUUCUUUUUGUCCAUAUUUAAUUCAAAUGAGACAGCUCCGUGUUGACUUCUAAUACAGAAAGGCCACCCACCAUGGUGGCGCUCCCAGCCAGUGAAGCCGGCUGGCGAAAGCUUUCUUAAAUGGUGCUAAUCAGCCCGGAGAGGCCUGCCCUCUAUCCCCAUCAGUAUUCUAUAAUUCAGAUGUGCUGAUAACCUGAAAUUGAAUGUGUCAGGAUGCAGACACGUGAAGGGGAGAGAGGGAACUCCAGGCUGGAGGCGCGCGGCUGGGAGACAAUGCCUGGGGGAGGGGUUCCUCCUCCCCACUCUCACUCCCGUAGUUGUGUGUGUGUGCGCGCGCGCUGGUGUGCGUGUCAUUGUUUGGGGCCAGGGACAAAACGGAAGGUUUCAAGUUCUGAAAUAUUUAUAGGGAAGCUUUGGGUUUUGUAUAUGUUAAAUGAAUCAACAAACAUUUUGCCUGCGGAGGGAUGAAUGGUAAUUUGCGAUUAAUUUUUUUUUUUAUAAGCCAUGGCUAUUUUAAACCCUUUCUCCCACUCUCUCAUAUGUGAGACAGACAGACACACACACCCACCCCAGUCUGGUGAGCUCGUCUCACAGGAAAGUUUAACAAAAGAGUAGCUAUUGUCACUGUCCCAGCCGGCAGCAGUGCAGCUGAGGGUCAGUUGCUAUUUCUAUUUUAAACCUUGAUUUUUGCAAAGUUUGUCUUUUGACUGUUCUCAUUCUAAUCAGGCUUAGCUAGGGGAUCUGCUCCAAGCUCCACACCAGGCUGUGAGGACAGAGAAAGAUAAACGGGUCGGGGGGGAGGAGUGGGGAUUAGACAAAAAGUUCUGCUCUGUCAAUAGGCGUGUGUGUGUGUGAGAGAGAGAGAGACAGAGAGAGACAGAGAGAGACAGAGAGAGAGACAGACACAGACACAGGCACAGACACACAGGCAGAUUCAUUGGCCAACACUCAUUAAAUGGCCAUUCCCUUAAUUUCAAAGAAAGUGCGGUUUCUUAUAGAGCUGUGUGUUCUCUCUGUCACUGUAUUUGACUUCGCCCGUGAUUUGUCGUCUCUGCUCUCGGGUUGUUACCUCUUCAGCCUCCUCCUGUGCCCAUGACUCCUCAGAGACAGGGGCCUGGCCGCUCCUGUUCCUGCCCCUCAGUCCAGCCCAAACACCCCCCGGAUGCCUGGGUGCAAUCCCCUGCCAGCCUUCGCUGCUGCCAGGAUCCUAGUCCUCUUUGACUUGGCCUGUUGAUGUCUUGAUCAGCUCAGAUGCUGUCUUGUCUCUGCGUCUUCCCCGGGUGCUCUUCCAGCCCCACCUGCGGCAGGUGAGGAGGAGUUUGCCCUUGGCUGGUCUGCAUUGCUCUGUCCUGGUCUGGAAACGUCUGCAUGCAUCUUGUCUUUCCUACCGCGUGGCAAGCUCCUCGAGGGCUGAUUCGGGUGGAGGCACCUUCGUACACCUCAAGGUCUUCCCUGGUACAGAGCCGGGCAGGUGCUGGGGUUACAUGCAGGAGGCUGAAUUGCUUGGAAAUGUGUUUCUUGAGGAUUUUUGAGGUCCCUGGAUAGGAUGUGCCAUAUUCAUUGGAAGGGGCAAUGAGAGAAGAGAGGGCUGGGAGUGGGCAAAAGGAGUAAAGAAGUCCAAGUGGCUCCUUGCACCUUGGACCUCCCUGGAGCCGCCUCAUUGUCUCCCCCUCGGUCCAGGCUGGCUGCAGGAUGCAGAUCUGCUCUGCCAUUCAAGUGGGCACUCAUUUCUUGAAAGCCCAUAGAUUUGCUUCCAAGAGGCUGCUCUGUCAGAGGGUAAACAGAAGGUCCCGCUUUGUAGCUCCUUGUCUCCGUCCUCGUCACCGUCACACUGAUCAGCACCACAUGGCAUGGCAUCCAGGAGGACCAAGAAUGCUUCCCUGUGGUUUGGACCCAGUGGUGGCUUCCCCAAGGGAACGCUUGGCAUGUGUUUAAUUAUUCAUUGGUGUUCUCGUCUGUAUCGCCCUGCUCCUUGAUUGUUUUGUCUUUCCCUAAAAAUAUUUAUUUGAAAUUCUGUGAUCAAAGACUAAAAAAAACAAAAUAAAGCAGGAUAUUAAAAUGAAAUUUUUUUAGGAGGUUGGAAUGUCAAGAUCAUUUUUAUUAGAAAAGUUUACAAGACGAAGCCACGAAUUAUUUACGUAAACUUCAUAUCUGAAGCAUAAUACUUCCAACUGUGCUUCUGCUGAGUGAUAUUGGCUGGCAUAACCUGGAUUUAAAAUACCUUCUACUGAAGGCAGGACAAAUUCACUUUAAUUAAAAUUAACGGAUUUUUCUGGAUCGCAUUUUAACACACACAUACACACUCACGCACAUCUGUGUUCAGAAUUGAUAAAGAAAGAACUCUGGUUAAAUAAUCCACUUUUGUCUGACGACGGAAUCUGUUAUAGAGGUGCAAAUAUGCAGAAAGCUAUUUGGAAAUGCAUCCUAGUAGUUGUCAGGUUUUAUUAUGCAGGAAGGUGUCAUGUUUGUUACGAAGCUGAGUGCAGAUGGCAGAGUGGAAGAAAUGGAUCACUAAUUUUAACAAUGAUUAAUGAACAGAGAUAGAAAAUGAAUUACAUUGGACUAUCGGAGGCAAGAAAUAUUUUUGUGAAAAUUUUGACUCAUCUGCUGUGCUGUUCUCUGCAAAUUAUUUUCAGAAAUUCUAUAUGUUGUCAACAGUUGACUGCAUUUUCCAUUACUGUCUAUUUCUGUUCUUAAGUACUUUUGUGUUAUUAGAGAUACAUAAUUUCAAAAUACCAAUACAUUCCUGAUUACUUAGAGAAAAUAUAUGUAACAGUGUGACUGUUCCGUAGACGCUAGCCAUAAAAGUCCUGUUUUAUAAUAAUCUUUCAUUCUUCCUCAUUUUAUCACUACAUUAGGAAUGUUUGAUAAAAAGAAAGGGGAGGGGUAGGGACUCUUCUAGCACAUGCAGAAUACGAAAAAAUAGAAGCGAAGGUAGCAAUAAAAAUGUGAUCCGGUGGCUGAUUGUGGCCUUCAGCUGCCACCAGCCCUGUCAUUCUUUGUGCUCUCUGCCUGGCAUCAUGGGAGGCAGGGACCUGCCUAGUCUCUGGCAUCAGCCUUGGUGGGCCAUGGCCUACCCUGUCCUGUCCUCUGCGGGUAUAGCCCCAAACAUCCCGUGACAGCUGUCUUCCUUCAGACACAGGAAGUUAUCUCCAGUUCUCGAAGUUGUCCCAGAAAUUUUUUCCUCCAGUAGCCCCUUUACUGUAGUCCCCUCUCUCUGCUCCAAUGGCACUGGUCUUGAUAGUGAGUUUUCAUGGUGCUUCGUGAGUCUUGUUUUUUCAUCAGCCUUAUCAGCAAUUGUGUGUGUGCGGUGUGUGUGUGUGUGUGAUGUGUGAUCCACAAAUGAAUAUGGGUUCUUUGGUUAUGAUCUCCGCUCUUGACGGGAGGCACACCUAUGUGAUUUCUCAUAUGAAAAAUGCAGAGUGAUUGUUUUUCUCCUCCCUCCCAUUCUUCCCUUUUUUUUUCUUUUUGGUAAAGGUAUUAACCCUCUUAGAAAUGUAGGCUUCAAGGCGUCUCAUUUUCCCCAAACCUUCUGCAAUUGAGAAAUGGUCUACUAUCUAGUGUUUGGAUCCUGUACUGUAAGUGGUAGGCACUUGGCUUUGUUCAUCAGGAGCUACUUAGUGGUGACGCGAGUACAUUUCCUAGUUGGCACCCAGGAUCCUUACUCUUUCGGGGCGGCCCAGCGCAGCCCAGCGCGCGUCUGCAGACCGUGCCACGCGCCCGCCUCUCAGCCCACCACUGUUUACCCUGGGCUUGGAGGUUGCUUUGCAUUAGAACCUUUCAAUUUAGGUAGGACCGCCCCUGUGCGGUGCUGGCUUGCCCCAAGAAGAGGACGGGGUGCUCUAGGACCCUCCUAUAGUGCUGGCCCUCCGGGGUCAGGCUUUCCCACGGGGGUGAGCGGCCUCCUUAGCUGCCCGCUGUUGAACGACUGCACCUUCUGUAGCUGCUUCCUUCUCCUGCAAACGAGCUUUCCAAGUUUCCAACUUGACUGUUUUAUUUAUGCUCUUGACCUGUAAAAACAAGCAGGCUGUUUAAAAAGCAAAAAGUACUUCCCAUGAUUAGAGUACUUAGAGUUGAAAUAAAUUGCAGAAUGAAGAGGACAUUCCUCGUCGCUCCAGGAGAAAAUGGCGCAGAGAUUUUGCUUCUUGAGGAUCAUCUGUGGCUCUCCAUGUCGGGGCUCCCCCAUCACACUGGCCUUGGGGUCCCCAAGAAAGCAUUCCUGUAUCUUCCCCUUUUCUUGCUUGUGGCAAGUUCCCAUUAAAAGAAGCUGAGCAAAUCUGGUUUACUGCAGCAAAGGUCACAUAGUUCCUAUUUUUCAAUUGUGUGUUCCUGCCCACCACGGCUUUAAGAAUAUCCUUCAGCCAGGAGGGAGCACCGUUGCUUUAAGACUCGCCUGGGAACCGGGACGCCCCUCUGGCAAUCUGUCAGUGCCUGGAUCAGCUGCAUCCUUUCUGGGGUAUUUUCUCACCAGACUGACAGUCCUUAGGACAAGUAUGCAGUUAAGCUGCUAAGGGAUGGAAGAAACCAGUCUGUGCCUUGGAGUGUCCUCGGCGGCACCGGAAGCUGAGUCCCACCUGAGCGGCCCCGUCCUCAACGGCCAGUAUGCCAUGAGUCAGAAGUUGCACCAGAUCACCUCCCAGCUCAGCCAUGCCUUCCCCGAGCUGCAUCCGCGGCCCAACCCUGAGGAGAAGACGCCCGCGCCCCUCGAUGAGAAGGCCCACGUGCCCAUGAGUGGCCAGCCCAUGGGCAGUCAGAUGGCUCUCCUAGCCAACCAGCUGGGCCGGGAUGUCGAUACCAGCCUCAAUGGGCGAGUGGACCUGCAGCAAUUCCUCAACGGGCAGAACCUGGGCAUCAUGUCCCAGAUGAGCGACAUCGAGGACGAUGCCCGAAAAAACCGCAAGUACCCGUGCCCUCUGUGCGGCAAGCGGUUCCGCUUCAACAGCAUCCUUUCCCUGCACAUGCGCACUCACACCGGCGAGAAACCCUUCAAGUGCCCCUACUGCGACCACCGGGCGGCGCAGAAGGGGAACCUCAAGAUUCACCUGCGGACCCACAAGCUGGGCAACCUGGGUAAGGGACGCGGGCGGGUGCGCGAGGAGAACCGCCUGCUGCACGAACUGGAGGAGCGGGCCAUCCUGCGGGACAAGCAGAUGAAGAGCAGCCUGCUGCAGCCCCGGCCCGACCUGAAGCCCCUGCCGCAUGCUCAGCAGGCCCCUCUGGCCACCUGCAACCUGGCCCUGCCUGCCAACCACAGCGUGCCCGACGUGGCCAACCCGGUGCCCUCGCCCAAGCCGGCCAGCGUGCAGGAGGACCCGGUGGCGCCGGCUGCUGGCUUCCGCUGCACCUUCUGCAAGGGCAAGUUCAAGAAGCGGGAGGAACUGGACCGCCACAUCCGCAUCCUGCACAAGCCCUACAAGUGCACGCUGUGCGACUUUGCGGCCUCACAGGAGGAGGAGCUCAUCAGCCACGUGGAGAAGGCGCACAUCACCGCCGAGUCGGCCCAGGGCCAGGGCCCCAACAGCGGCGGGGAGCAGUCGGCCAACGAGUUUCGCUGCGAGGUGUGUGGGCAGGUGUUCAGCCAGGCGUGGUUCCUCAAGGGCCACAUGCGGAAGCACAAAGACUCCUUCGAGCACUGCUGCCAGAUCUGCGGCCGGCGCUUCAAAGAGCCCUGGUUCCUCAAGAACCACAUGAAAGUCCACCUCAACAAGCUGUCUGUGAAGAGCAAGUCCCCCAGCGACCCUGAGCUGCCUGUGCCCAUGGGGGGCAUGUCCCAGGAGGCCCACGCCAACCUGUACUCCAGGUACCUCUCCUGCCUGCAGAGCGGCUUCAUGGCCCCAGACAAAGCCGGCCUGAGCGAGCCCAGCCAGCUCUACAGCAAAGGGGAGCUGCCCGUGAAGGAGAAGGAGGUUCUGGGCAAGCUGCUGUCCCCCAUCUCCGGCAUGGCCCACGGCGUCCCUGAGGGUGACAAGCACUCCCUCCUGGGAUGCCUCAACCUCGUGCCGCCGCUGAAAUCCAGCUGCAUGGAGCGGUUGCAGGCAGCUGCCAAAGCUGCUGAGAUGGACCCGGUGAACAGCUACCAGGCUUGGCAGCUCAUGGCCAGGGGUAUGGCCAUGGAACAUGGCUUCUUGUCUAAAGAGCAUCAGCUACAGCGCAACCACGAAGACACUUUGGCAAACGCCGGGGUUCUGUUUGAUAAGGAGAAGCGGGAGUACGUGUUAGUGGGAGCAGAUGGCUCGAAGCAGAAGAUGCCUGCUGAUUUGGUUCACAGCACUAAAGUGGGCAAUCCGAGAGACCUGCCAAACAAACUCGACCCUCUAGAAGGCAGUCGGGAUUUUUUGUCACAUGGGCUGAACCAGGCGCUCGAAUAUAACCUGCAGGGUCCUGGGAACAUGAAGGAGAAGCCCACCGAGUGCCCGGACUGUGGCCGAGUGUUCCGCACCUACCACCAGGUGGUCGUGCACUCCCGCGUCCACAAGCGGGACCGCAAGGGCGAUGAUGAUGGGCUUCAGGUGGGCCUGGAUGAGCGGCGCGGCUCGGGCAGUGACCAAGAGUCCCAGUCGGUGAGCCGCUCCACCACGCCAGGCUCCUCUAACGUCACCGAGGAGAGUGGGGCUGGAGGCGGGCUCUCUCAGACGGGGAGUGCCCAGGAGGACAGCCCGCACCCCUCCUCGCCGUCCUCCUCAGACAUCGGCGAGGAGGCUGGGAGAUCCACCGGCGUCCAGCAGCCCGCGCUGCUCCGCGACAGGAGCCUGGGCUCGGCCAUGAAGGACUGCCCGUACUGUGGGAAAACCUUCCGGACAUCCCACCACCUCAAGGUCCACCUCAGGAUACACACAGUGUGUGUCCACACCCUCACCAGCAGGAGGAGAGGAGGUGACUUGGACCCACAAGGUGAGAAACCCUACAAGUGUCCCCACUGUGACUACGCCGGCACCCAGUCAGCCUCCCUGAAAUACCACUUAGAGCGGCACCACCGGGAGCGGCAGAACGGGGCCGGGCCGCUGUCUGGACAGCCCCCGAACCCAGAGCACAGGGACGAGCUGUCCAGCAAAACUGCCUUGUUUAUCAGGCCAGACAUCCUGAGGGGGGCCUUUAAGGGUCUCCCUGGAAUGGACUUCCGAGGUGGCCCUGCCUCUCAGCAGUGGACGUCGGGAGUGCUCCCGUCCGGAGACCACUCGGGGCAGGCCACUGGCGGGUCUUCGGAGGCUCCUGCAGACGCUCUGAAAGCCGCCGACCUUCCUUCCAAAAGCACCCACUUCUCUGAAAUCGGAAGAGCUUACCAGAAUAUCGUGAGCAACGGUGUCAAUUUCCAAGGGUCCUUGCAAGCUUUCAUGGACAGCUUUGUCCUAAGCUCGCUGAAGAAGGAGAAGGACAUGAAGGACAAAGGCCUGUCUGAUCCUCCGUCCACGAAAGUCCACGGGGCGGACGGCAGUGAGGAGAAAGCUGGUGGGAAGGCUGCCCUGAGGAAGCUGGAGAAGUCUCAGUACGAGCCUCUGGACUUGUCUGUGCGGCCGGACGCCGCCUCCCUCCCCGGCUCGGCGGUGACCGUGCAGGACAGCGUUGCGUGGCAUGGCUGCUUGUUUUGUGCGUUCACGACAUCGUCUCUGGAGCUGAUGGCUCUUCAUCUCCAGGCCAACCACCUAGGCAAAGCAAAACGCAAAGACAGUGUCGUCGGGGUGACCGUCAACUGCAAAGACCAAGCCCGGGAGGCGAGUAGAAUGCCUCUGCUGCCCUCGGUGCAAUCCAGCAAAGAGAUGGCGCUUUCCCACGUGACCGGGCCUCUAGACUCUGCUUCUGAGAAGAUGGCCCAAGGACAGGUCAAGGAGACUCUGGGGGAGCAGAAGAGCGGCACGUGGCCCGGCCACGUGGACCCCGCGUUUUGUAACUUCCCGACGGACUUCUACAAGCAGUUUGGUGUAUACUCGGGUGUGGUGGGCUCUGGGGUCCCCAGUUCCUGCCCCAACAAGGAGCCUGAUGGGAAGGCCCACCUGGAAGAUGAUGCCCCUAUCCUGAUCCCCGAAACCACAAACAAGACUACUACCGAUGACCUCUCCGACAUUGCCUCCUCGGAAGACAUGGACUCCUCCAAGGGAGAAAACAACGAUGAAGAGGAUAUUGAAACAGAGCCGGAGAUGAUGAGCAAGCCACAGUCUGCCCUCAGCAAGGACAGCAGCAGCGAUGGCGGGGACAGCCUGCUGCCCACGGGCACCCCUCAGCCUGCCCAGGGACUAGUCUCACCUUUACCCCAGGUGGCGGAGAAGCAGUGGCAUGGCCCGGGCCUUCUUCCAGCCCAGGACCCCUCUGUGGGCCUGCCCAAGCCGGAGCGGGGGCCCCAGGGCCUGGAGAAGCCAAUGAACAUGCUGUCGGUCCUCAGGGCCUACAGUUCUGAUGGCUUAGCAGCCUUUAACGGACUUGCGAGUAGCACAGCAAAUUCUGGAUGUAUCAAGAGGCCAGACUUGUGUGGUCACAGGCCUUUCCAGUGCCGCUACUGCCCCUACAGUGCCUCUCAGAAGGGGAACCUGAAGACGCACGUCCUCUGCGUCCAUCGCAUGCCUUUUGACAACAGCCAGUAUCCCGACCGCAGGUUCAAGCGCUCCAGAGUCGACGCGGAGGCCUCUGGGAAUUUCGAAGACCCCACAGCUGUCAAGGCGGGGAGCUCAGCGGAGCUCACGCAGGAGGGCUGCAAGGCCCAGGAGGAGCGCAACUGAGCAACCGACCUGUAUAUUGCAAUAUUCUUUUACACAGUUUUAAGAUUAUGCAUCUGGUAUAAGAGUUUGCUAACUGCAUUCCAAGGGGGGGAAAAUCAUGUACAAUCCCCCCCUCAACUAGUGUAUAGAACAUUUAAAAAAUUUAAAAAGAUAUCUAUAUAUAUAUUAAAAAAAAUUCCCCAGCCCUUGAAAAUGGCUGCUAAACUGUUACCCGGCAACAAGUACUUCCAAACAAUGCAGGUGGGAGGAAAGUGAUUUCAGAAAUGCCCGGUGUCCUCUGAGCUUGAGAGAGCUGGGGGCCCUUCCAACCCGAAAGUCCCAAAAUCAUGCUCUUAACUGAAAAACGAUACCAUCUAAAUGAUUUAGUGUUGCCUUGAAGAUGGAGGGGCUGUGUUUUCAUUGUUGAAAACACCUCUAUAAUCUGACACCGGCUGCUGUCAUUUGCCUAGCACCUUAAUGAGACGUGUUGGGAGGCAGCCGCGGUGCCAGUCAGGCGGGAGCGGUCACUGCAGAGAAAAUCAAUUCGCGUGGUGUCGUCACCGCACUCCCGGAGCAAGCGGAGACGGGCCGCGAGCCCGGCCGCCGGCGCUGCGCAGGACUGCCAUCUUAAUGUGCGUUUUUAAAAAACACACAGCCAAAUGAAUCAAUGGUCGGGAAGUGUCUGCAGACAAAUGUCCAUUGCAGGUUUGAUGAGUAAUUCCUUUUUUUAGAUCAAAUUGCAGUAUUGAAGGAAAUGCUUUUUUCUUGGUCUUUUUUUUAAAAAUUUUUUGAUGACAAAGAACGUUGCUCACAAAAAAAAAUUUAGGGGUGCAUUAUAUAAAAUGUUUAGAAAAACUAGCCAACCCUAUCCACAGAAGGUGCUGGUGAGAAAUUUAUGUAAUAAUAGAAAGAUUGUUGUUUAUUAUGAUUUUUAAAAUUUUACUUGAAUGAAGGCUGCUCCGGUCCUUAUGAUCAGAUUUUUCUCAUGUGUUAGUUUUUAUAAGUGUCACAGACGUGAAGCGAGAUUUUCUUCUCGGGCAAGCUCUUAGGAGAUAGCUUGUAUUAAAAGAUGAAUCUAAACAUCCUGCUCUCAACCGCUAAUGAAGAAAACUGUUUGAGUUAAAUGUCUGUUUUUGUAAAACAAAUGUGUUCUAUAUUUUUGUAGAUUUUAGAUUUUAUACUGAUUGGGUACUCCAAAUUGAUCAAGUUCUGCACCACCCAGAGGGAGAUUUUGAGGGCCAAUAAUGAAACACUUGACUCAUUUUUUAAAAAAAAAAAAGAUUUAAGAAGACUGGUGAAGGGUUUAUUCUUGAAUCUGCUAGAAUGGCGUAAAAAUUCAGCCUCUUGACAUACUUCCUUUGAGUGACACGAAAUUGGUGCUGUUGCUUGUGAUGGUAGAGAGUAUUGAAGUAUCAACUUCUUCUAAAACGAAAUCAUUCAGACUUUAGGAAAAAAGAGUCGAUAUUUCCUUGCAGGCUGGGAGCACAGAAUAAAACCCCAGGGCCUUAAAAACUUCAGCUCUGCCUACAGCAGUUUACGAAACUACUAAACUGCAAUCAAUGUAAAUAAAAUGCUUCGCUAUCCUGAGACCAGAAGGAAUCUCAGGCUAAUAAGGAAUCCGGUUUGCAUAUGCUGUCGGGCGGGUGUCAUCUCCCCGAGGUUUCCGAGUGAAUGAGGUCGCUGCGCAACGUGGACCCAUCUGGCAUAGAGCAAGCUGCUUUCUUGUUUUUCUAGAAUAGUUCUCACUGCCUUACUUAAAUCGAGUUGAUAAACUUAAUGCAACUGUUUCUAUGAUCCUAGAGAAAGGACUGAGAUAUUGAAAAGUUUCUGACUGUAGUAAGCUUUAGGAUUCUAACUGCACUACUGUGUUUGGUGACUGUGCCAGUCGCUUGCUUUCUGUGUGUUUGCCCCGCCUUUGGUAUCUUAGCAAAGAAAAAUACAAAAAAAGCAGAAAAAAAAAGUAAAAAGAAAAAAGAGGAAAAAAAGCAGAAAAAAAAAAAAAAAUGAGAGCCACAUCCCAUUUCUAGCACUUUGGGAGCUCUUUCAGUAUUCUUUUGUGUCUUCUGAGCGUCGUCAGAUGCGACAGGCAAUAAUUCUGUUUGUGACACUGGGAACAUCCCCUCUUCUUUGUGACGUGUGUGUUGCUUCCACUCUGUCCAGUGGUACCGUCCUUGUUUCCCCCUCUGACACAGG